AUGAAAUCUAGGAAUAGAAUCAUAUGUAAUAGGUGGAUUCUGUUGUGCUUAUAUUUGUUUAUUUCAAUUGGUGUAUGUGGAAUUGUUGCAUCAUAUACCGCUAUACUACCACUACUCCGAAAGGCGUGUAUUCUAACCAAUUUCUGUCGAUGUGAUCCUUCAUCAACCCAGUACUCAACUAAUUGUGAAGAUCCAGAAAAUUUUGAUGCGAUUGUAUUUGGUACACUGCAAAACUUGAGUAGUUGUAACCCUUUAGGAUGCAAUAUUCAAAACCUGUACCACAAUUCAGCGUGGAAGGUAGGACUUAGUACACCACUAAUAAUUAGUCCAAUAGCUGGUACUAUUGCAGAUAUUGUAGGUCCCAGAACACUUGGAGUUCUAGGCUCAAUAGUAAUUUGUGCCGGCUUGUUAAUUUGGAUGUUAUUAGCAAGUUCUCUAUCGGUACAUCCACUAGGACCACAUCUCCUCAGUACAAGUUGGUUUUUUCUAGGAAUUGGGCGUGUUUGUAUCUCAUAUAGCAUUGUUUCAAUAUCUUCUUUGUUCAGUAUGCAGUCACUUGUAAUUUCUAUAAUUGGGGGGUUGAUCGAUGCAGCUAUCUUAUUACCAUUACUUAUUGGUCAUAUCCAAAUAAAACUCUCUUCUAUAGUUGAUGAAUACACUGUAACUAGAUUGUUUAUCUAUAUAUAUAUAGCAGCUGGUAUUCUUUCUUUUAUCAUCUUACUUUUAACCCUACCAACUGUGACAUUUGAUAAAAUAAAAUUUCUGAUAAACGAGGAAGAAAGUGACACAGUUGAAAAUAAGCUAAUUGGUAGUAAGAACAUUCUCCAAAUAAUAUAUGAUAAAGCUCAUCUUAAAAAAGAGUGCUGUCACUUAGCUAUUAAAGAUUUUGAGGCUGGAAAAUCUAAAUCUGUUGACUUAACACCUAGGCUGAAAAUGAACUCCAUAAGAUCUAAGACAGCUUUCGACAUUCCUAUUGACUGUUAUCUGCAAAAUUCAUCAGCUAUAAUGGGUGGCUAUAGUGUAGUAUGCUCUCUAGCUAAUUGCUCAAAAAACAUUAAUUAUAUGAGUUGUAAUAAAACUUUGCCAACUUUGGGAUUACAACCAAAAAUUAAGAAAACAAAAUUUAGAGAAAUAUACAAUGUUGAUCUAUAUGAGCAGAUUUUCAGCUGUGAAUAUUUCGUCUUCUUAGCAUUAUUUGUUUUUAAUUUUUGGAGAAGUUCAAUAUUAGUCUCUAAGAGUGAGUAUAUAGUUUCUUUAGUACUAAGUAGCAAUCAGUCAGAUGUUUCACUGAUUGAAACUUUACCUAGAGUGAUGAAUAUCUAUAAUAGUAUAAUGAGUAUGGGAAGUAUAUUUAGUAUCUUUUGGGGAGCAGUAGCAACUAGAUAUGGUGUUAGUUUUAUGAUUGGUAUUCUAACACUGUUGGGAUGUUUUGUCCAUAUAAUACUACUUUUCCUCUCACAACUCCCAUUUUUCUUUCUUUAUAUAUAUUUUGGUACAUUUGCAGCUUUAAGAUCUUUCAUCUUUGGGGCACUUAAUUGUUUUAUUGGGGAUACAUUUGGGUUUAAAAAUUUCGCUAGACUUGCUGGUACACAAGCUUUUGUUUGUUUUGUCUUUUUCCAAAUAAUGAACAUUACUACAUCUAAAUAUAUUGAUACGCUUUCAUGGGAAAAGAUUAAUCAACUAUUGAUAAUCAUAAAUAUAAUCUUAUUGCCUGCACCAUUAAUAUUAAAUGCAAUGCAUAAUCUUCGAAGUUAA